GGCAAUUGCUAGAUUACCAUGUCAAGGCUUUUGCUAAGUCUGUAUCUGUAAUUGUUGCACUUAGACCAGAGGUAAGGUCUGUGUACACACUAAAGAUAGUAUUUGUUUUUGGUUUCUUGUUUCUUCUUUCUUGUUGGUUCAGGCAAACCAAGAUCCACAACAUAGGUGCAACACUUGUUGGUGUGGAUAAAAUUGGUAACAAAUACUAUGAGAGGCUAGGCGACGAGCAAUAUGGAAGACACCGGUGGGUGGAGUAUGCACAGAAGGAUCGUUAUAAUGCUUCACAAGUUCCAGCAGAGUGGCAUGGCUGGCUCCAUUACAUCACUGAUCACACCGGAGAUGAACUGCUAUUGCUGAAACCAAAGAGGUACGGACUUGAGCACAAGGAGAACUUCUCUGGUGAAGGUGAUGCAUACAUAUAUCACUCCAAGGGACACGCUUUGAAUCCUGGACAAAGAGACUGGACUAGGUACCAAACUUGGCAACCCGCUAAGAAGGAAUAAGUUCCAAUUUUUUCAAGAAAAGCAACUUCUACAGCAGCUGGAGAGUUAUAUGGAUAUUCUGCCAUGCUUCGUUAAUAAAAAGCCCUUGUACUGAACCUAUGGUCUUGUGUGCCAUCAAAUUUCAAGUUGAUACACUUGCUGUAAAAUUUUCUUAUCCUGGAUAUGGUGUUUAGGUGUUGAAUUGGAUCCUAAAUGUUGUAAUGCAUACUUCAUACCUUCACGGGUUUAAAGUAUCUGAUGGUUAUUUAUUGAAACUAAUCUAUUCAGUGA